AUGCCACAAACAUGCAUACCACCUGUGAUAGCAAAUGAAGCUGCUUUAGCCUUAUCGAUAUCCCCUGAAUAUAAUAAGAAAAGGGAAUUUAUCAAGGACAAACCAUUGUCAUCAUGUAUUAAUAAAUUGGUGAUGGAUGAUGUUAGUGUUGAUAGAAUUGGUGGGAAUAAGGAUGAUGCAGCUAAUGAAUUUGACCAUGGAUUUAAUGAAUUUGAUGAGGAAUGUAAUGAUAUUAACCAAGAUUUUAAUGAAUUUCAUAAGGCAUGUAAUGAUAUUGACCAGGGAUUUAAUGAAUUUGAUGAGGCAGCUAAUGACUUUGAUAUUGGGUUGUACCAACAGAUUUUACAGUCUAAUGAACAGAAUGUAGAUGAUGAGGUUCAUGAAGGUGAAGAAAAUGCAGUUAAUAAGGAAGUCACUGAAGAAGAGAAUCAUGACAGAAAUGAAAUGAAUGAUGAGAAUGUAGAGAUGAGAGAUUUUGCAGUUGAUGAUGGAAGUGAAGAUAACAUAGAGACUGAUGAAGACAAUCAUGAAAGAAGUGAUGAGAGUGAGGACAGUGAUGAUAAUGAUUUCUGGGUGGAUGAAGACAACAUAAUCCAUGAUGUAGAAGUAGAUAUGAGGGAUUUUUACAUGAAUAUAGAUCUUGAAGCAGAAUUUCUUGAAAAAAGAUUAUCAAAGCAUAGAGAGAAUGAUAGUGAUGAGGUCAAUGAAGAGUUGGAUGUUAUAGAUAAUGAUCAAUUGGAUUCAUUGGAUGAGGGUUCUGAUAUAGAUAGAAAAAGAAGAGCUGUAAUAAAGGAAUUAGGGAAGGAGACUAGGUGCUCUCAAGGUGAGAUACACAAGGUAACUUUUAGGAUAGGACAAAAAUAUAAAAAUAAGAAGGAGUUAAAGGAAAAGAUACAAUUGCAUGCACUGGAAACAAGAAGGAAUAUAUUCUUUAUGAAAAACGACAAAAUGAGGUUACGGGCAAUCUGUAAAGGAACUGUAGCCUUUAAUGAUGGUCAUGUGGGUGAACCUACCCCUUGUCCUUGGGUGAUACAAGGUUCUAGGUCAGAUGUAAAUAGUAACUGGUUCAUAAAAACUUACAACCACCAACAUAAAUGCCUCCAGACAAGAAAAGUUAGAUCUGCAACAGCAAAGUUUAUCUCUAAGCAGAUAAUGGACCAGAUUGAAUCCAACCCAACAAUCCCAGUCAGAGCUCUUCAAGACCAACUUCAAAAGGAUUAUCAAGUUGGAUUCUCUAUUCACAAGGUAUCCAGGGCCAAAUCUACUGCAAAAAAACUUGUCCAGGGUGAUUACAAAAAGCAAUAUGAUGUUCUUAGAGAUUACAUCCUGGAGUUGCAGUCUACUAAUGCAGAAACCAUUGUGAAGUUAGAGUUUGAUUCAGAACCCAACCUAAGUGCUACCUCAAGAAGGUUUAAAAGGAUGUACGUGUGUUUGGGUGGAAUGAAGAAGGGCUUUAGAGCUUGCCUGAGGGAUUUUCUAGGUUUUGAUGGGGCAUUUAUGAAGGGCCCUUUCCCAGGACAAAUUUUAACUGCAGUUAGGGUAGACUCCAACAAUGGAAUAUACCCCCUAGCUUAUGCCAUUGUUGAGACUGAGAACACUGACAGUUGGAAGUGGUUUCUAGAGUGUAUUGCAGAUGAUCUGGACCUAUAUGCAAACUUAAACUUCACAUUUAUAAGUGACAGACAAAAGGGAUUGCAGACUGCCAUUUCUCAGUUGUUCCCAUGUGCUGAGCACAGGUUUUGUCUCAGGCAUAUACAUGACAAUAUGAGAAAAACAUGGAGAACUAAUGAGUACAAGGAACAUUUGUGGAAUUGUGCUACAUCAACAACAAUUCCCCCACAACAUUGGGCAAGAAGCCACUUCACAUGCAGAGCAGUUUCAGAUAUGCUUCUGAAUAAUCUUUGUGAAGUUUUUAAUAGCAAAUUGAUUGAGGGAAGGGACAAGCCACUGAUAACCCGCUUGGACUACAUUAGGGAGUAUAUGAUGAAAAGAAUAUGCAAUGUCAUAAAGGUGCAAAAGAAGUGUGUUGGUCCACUAACCCCAUCUGCAACAAAGAUCAUGGAGAAGAAUGUGAAUUGGGCAUCUCAGUACACAGUUAGGUGGAAUGGGUCAGAUAAAUACCAAGUGCAAGGGCCAUGGCAGGAUGAACAUGUUGUUGACAUGGUUGAAAGAGUAUGCAGUUGUAGGAAGUGGGAAUUAAUAGGACUCCCUUGUAAGCAUGUCAUUGCAGUCCUAAAUGACAAAGCAGAUAAUGGUGAGGAAGUUGGAGAACUGCACACUUAUGCCCACAGGGUGCACUGGCUAGAAACAUAG